AUGGGCGUGCAGCCAGCCAAAAAAAACACGCCACCUACAACGAGCAUCCAACACAGCACAACAGCAGCAACAAUGUCCGCACGAUCCUCGAACCUCAUCGACCGCCUCGACUCGCCCGCGCACCGCGACGUAAAGUCCUUUGUCCAGACCCAUCCUUCGUCAAAGUUCACUCUCGAUGGCGAGCGCGGAAGCGGCAAGUCGGUCCUUUGCGCCAAGCAGGCCAACGGCCAAUUAACCUGCACUGAAAUCGCCCUUGAAGCGCGCCACCUCUUUUCGACGAUGCAGAGCCUCAACUUUUUCUGUGCAUUGCCCCAGGACCCAGCCAAGACCCACAUCAACUGCGAACCCAUCCCUCAAUAA